CAGCCGGUGAUGAGCGUGAUAAGAAAGACAGUUGGGGACUUGGUGCAUUUUGCACGGAGGGGAGAGCAAAAGAGAAGAGGGCUGCCGAAGAAGACUUCAGAAAGCUGGAGAGAACAGCCAACAGUUCAGUAACAAAGACCACCCAAUGUCUAAGGCCAAAUAGAGAGAGAGAAAGAGAGAGAAGUGGUAAGUGAACCUGAGAAGGGAUGGAUCUUCUCCCCUUCUUCCAACCUGACAAUGACACAGACUUUCCACCACCCACCAACAGCGACAUGUUUGACUACAACUGGACAGAAGAAUGUCUCCUAGACCCUCGCUCUGAUAAUGCCCACAUUUUGCCAGCAAUGGGAAUAUUUUCCUUGACAAUCUACACAAUCACCUUGCUCUUGGGGGCCACGGGCAACGGCCUUGUUAUCUACCUCACCGGUUUCCACAUGAAGAAGACGGUUACCACCAUCUGGUAUCUCAACUUGGCUGUGGCUGAUUUCAUCUUCGCCCUUUGCCUCUCCACCGAGAUAGCUUACGUGUCUCUGGGUUAUCGCUGGACUCUGGGGAGGCUGAUGUGCAAACUCAACACCAUGGUUCCCCUCUUGAACAUGUUUGCCAGCGUCUUCUUCUUAACAGCCAUCAGUGCCGACCGCUACGCUGCUGUGGUCCACCCGGUUUGGGCCUUGAACCACCGCAGUCUCCAGCUUGCUUCCCUGGUGGCUGUGUUCAUCUGGGUAGCAGCCUUGGCUCUCAGCAUCCCGUACUUCAGCUUCCGCGACACAGAAGAGCUAAUGGAUGGCACUAUACAUUGCAUCUACAGCUUCCAUUUGCAGGAUGAGGGCAGCCUAAGGACACACCGUCUCAUGGUGCUUGCUGAAUUUGUGCUCGGCUUCCUAAUCCCCUUCGGCAUCAUUCUGGCCUGCUACUGCGCCAUCAUGAUCAAGCUAAGGGGGAAGAUCUUUGGCCAAUUUGGACGAUCCUUCAAGAUCAUAGUGGCAGUGGUCAUGGCCUUCUUCUUCUGUUGGUUCCCCCACCACCUCUUCUCCAUUCUCGAAACACUGGAAGACGAUAGCCUUCAAAUGCAAACCACCCUAGAUAUUGGCACCCCACUGGCUGAGGGCCUGGUCUGCCUCAACAGCUGCCUCAAUCCCAUUCUGUAUGUCUUUGUCGGGUCCGACUACAAAAAGACCAGCCGCCGAUCCCUCUUCCUGGCCUUUAAAGGAGCGGUCAAUGACAAGUGGGCCUUCACGCCUUCUUUCCCCAGCAACAGAACCUCCAGCUCCACUUCAGGAGUGGAGUCCAGCAUGGUUUGAGACUUCCUUUUUCGCAAGUUUAUGUGUAGUCCAUGUUCCUUAAACAAUAAACCUGUUUAUUGUUUUCUGUACAUUCAAAUGUAAGAUAAAAUAUAUGCAAAGGGACUUGACAGGAAGUCAAAGUUGAAGAAAAGA